AACGGUGGGAGUAAGAAGAAGAAAGGGUGGUACUAUUUUACCCCCUGAGCGUCCAAUAAGGAAAAGAGAAAUUUAUUUAGUUCAGGGCCAUCAUCUAUUAAAGGAUGGAAGGAAAAAUUAUUUUUUGUUGAUGACACUGAGUGGGGGAGAAAGGAUGCAGAAGUGGAAUUUUUGUUCGCUUGGAAGGCAAAGAAAGCAAAUCAAAAUAAGUAUAGUCUGAAUAGGGAUGAGGAGGAAGAGACAGAGAAGUUGGUGAGAGAGGGAAAUGAUGUUAUAAACAUCAUGUAUCUCACCAGCUCAGAUGUUGUGGAGGCGAUUGAGCUCUAUGGAGCAAGCUCUUUGAGUGAAGUUAAGAUAGACAAAUUCCUUUCCACAGCUGAGGGGGCGGAGCUCAAGCGGAAGAAAAGUGAAGAAGUUGGGCUUGCUCAGAAGAGGAUGAGGGUGGAGGAACAAGAGGUUGCGAAGAGGUUUAUAAACUCAAUGUUCCCUGAGGUGGAUCGUUGCCGAGCAAGGGAAGAAGUGCUAAGUCAUGGUGGGGUUGGGAUUGUUCAGCACGUCCUUGAGGCUGCAAACUUAGUGAAUGCGUUAUCACAAGAAUUUUUUGAAACCCUCAAGGAACGUAACACCUUGGCGAAGGAAAAUGAGGAUUUAAGGACGAUGAAGGAGGAGGUAGAGAAGGAUUUGGCAAAGGCUAUGCCAGAGCUCAUGCACCUUCAAGAGGAAAAUGAUUUAUUGAAGAUGAAGCUCAUGUUUGAGGAAAGGAAAAGAAAAAUGUGUCGUACCAUUUUUCCUCUGAACUUUGACUUCAAGUUCAUUGUUGUUGAGGAAGAGGCAGAGGUUGGAGAGAUUGUGCCGGAGGAAAAGGGGAACCAGAAAGAAGCGAACCAGCCAACUCCACUAGCAGAGUAGUUAUCCUUUGUUUUAUUAAUCUCUUUCUUUAGCUUUGAUCUUUGAACAAUGUAUUUGUUUUGUUUUGUUUUAACUAUUCUUGUAAUUUUUACACACUAAUUCAUUGAUACAUUUGUGCAUUUGAUUUAUGUGAAAGAAGGGCUAAAGUGAAGAAAUGAAAUCACCUCAA